CCGAGCCGAGCGGCGGAGCCGAGACGGCGGCGGCGCCCGUAGGAUGCGCGGAUCGCGCCCCCGGGGCCGCUGAGCCUGCGCCCAGUACCCCGAGCCCCGCGCCAAGCCGAGUCCGCGCCGAGCCUCAGCCGCCCAUCCCGGGGCCAGGACCGGGGGACCAGCAGGCCACGCGAGGACUGCCUGGGCCCCAGAAGCAGGAUGAGAAGAUGGCAGACUUCCUGUUACCUCGGGGCACCAGCAGCUUCCGCAGGUUCACCCGGGAGUCCCUGGCGGCCAUCGAGAAACGCAUGGCGGAGAAGCAAGCCCGAGGCUCGGCCGCCUCACAGGAGAGCCGAGAAGGGCUGCCCGAGGAGGAGCCUCCCCGGCCCCAGCUGGACCUGCAGGCCUCCAAAAAGCUGCCAGAUCUCUAUGGCAACCCGCCCCGAGAGCUCAUCGGGGAGCCCCUGGAGGACCUGGACCCCUUCUACAGCACCCAAAAGACCUUCAUCGUGCUGAAUAAAGGCAAGACCAUCUUCCGGUUCAGUGCCACCAAUGCCUUGUAUGUCCUCAGUCCCUUCCACCCUGUCCGGAGAGCUGCUGUGAAGAUUCUGGUUCAUUCGCUGUUCAGUAUGCUGAUCAUGUGUACCAUCCUGACCAACUGUGUGUUCAUGGCCCAGCACGACCCUCCACCCUGGACCAAGUAUGUCGAAUACACCUUCACUGCCAUUUACACCUUUGAGUCUCUUGUCAAGAUUCUGGCUCGAGGCUUUUGCCUGCAUGCUUUCACCUUCCUCCGGGACCCGUGGAACUGGCUAGACUUCAGUGUGAUCGUCAUGGCAUACACAACUGAAUUUGUGGACCUGGGCAAUGUCUCAGCUUUACGUACCUUCCGAGUCCUCCGGGCCCUGAAAACUAUAUCAGUCAUUUCAGGUCUGAAGACCAUCGUGGGGGCCCUGAUCCAGUCUGUGAAGAAGCUGGCCGAUGUGAUGGUCCUCACAGUCUUCUGCCUCAGCGUCUUUGCCCUCAUUGGCCUGCAGCUCUUCAUGGGCAACCUGAGGCACAAGUGUGUCCGCAACUUCACGACGCUCAACGACACCAACGGCUCUGUGGAGGCCGAAGGCCUGGUCUGGAAGUCACUGGACCUCUACCUCAACGACCCAGGAAAUUACUUGCUGAAGAAUGGCACCUCUGACGUGUUACUGUGUGGGAACAGCUCUGAUGCCGGGACAUGUCCUGAGGGUUACCGGUGCCUAAAGGCAGGGGACAACCCUGACCAUGGUUACACCAGCUUUGACUCCUUCGCCUGGGCGUUUCUUGCACUCUUCCGCCUAAUGACUCAGGACUGCUGGGAGCGCCUCUACCAACAGACCCUGAGGUCUGCAGGGAAGAUCUACAUGAUCUUCUUCAUGCUUGUCAUCUUCCUGGGCUCCUUCUACUUGGUGAAUCUGAUCCUGGCUGUGGUUGCCAUGGCCUAUGAGGAGCAAAACCAAGCCACCAUCGCUGAGACCGAAGAGAAAGAAAAGCGCUUCCAGGAGGCCAUGGAGAUGCUCAAGAAAGAGCAUGAGGCCCUCACCAUCAGGGGUGUGGACACCGUGUCCCGCAGCUCCUUGGAGAUGUCCCCUUUAGCCCCAGUAAGCACCCAUGAGAGAAGAAGCAAGAGGAGAAAACGACUGUCUUCGGGGACAGAGGAGUGUGGGGAUGACAGGUUCCCCAAGUCCGACUCAGAGGAUGGUCCCAAAGCAAUGAAUCGUCUGAGCAGCGCACAUGGCCUCAGCAGGACGUCCAUGAAGCCGCGCUCCAGCCGCGGGAGCAUUUUCACCUUUCGCAGGCGAGACCUGGGCUCAGAGACAGAUUUUGCAGAUGAUGAAAACAGUACAGCGGGGGACAGCGAGAGCCACCGCACGUCACUGCUGGUGCCCUGGCCUCUGCGCCGGCCUAGUGCCCAGGGACAGCUCAGUCCAGGGACUUCGGCUCUCAGUCACGCCCUCAAUGGUAAAAGGAACAGCACCGUGGACUGCAACGGGGUGGUCUCCUUGCUGGGGGCAGGCGACCCCGAGGCUACCUCCCCAGGGAGCCACCUCCUCCGCCCUGUGAUCCUGGAUCGCCCCCCAGACACGACCACACCGUCGGAGGAGCCAGGCCGGCCCCAGAUGGUGAACCGCCAGGCUCCAUGCAUGGAUGGCUUCGAGGAGCCGGGAGAGCGGCAGCGGGCCCUCAGCGCAGUCAGUGUCCUCACCAGUGCCCUGGAAGAGCUGGAAGAGUCUCACCGCAAGUGUCCACCAUGCUGGCAUCACUUUGCCCAGCGCUACCUGAUCUGGGAGUGCUGCCCACUGUGGCUGUCCAUCAAGCAGAAAGUGAAGUUCAUGGUCAUGGACCCAUUCGCUGACCUCACCAUCACCAUGUGCAUCGUGCUUAACACACUCUUCAUGGCUCUGGAGCACUACAACAUGACAACCGAAUUCGAGGAGAUGCUGCAGGUUGGAAACCUGGUCUUCACGGGGAUCUUCACCGCAGAGAUGACCUUCAAGAUCAUCGCGCUGGACCCCUACUACUACUUCCAGCAGGGCUGGAACAUCUUCGACAGCAUCAUUGUCAUCCUGAGCCUCAUGGAGCUGGGCCUGUCCCGCAUGGGCAACCUGUCAGUGCUGCGUUCCUUCCGCCUGCUGCGGGUCUUCAAGCUGGCCAAAUCAUGGCCCACCCUGAACACCCUCAUCAAGAUCAUCGGAAACUCGGUGGGGGCACUGGGGAACCUGACGCUGGUGCUGGCCAUCAUCGUGUUCAUCUUCGCUGUGGUGGGCAUGCAGCUCUUCGGCAAGAACUACUCUGAGCAGAGGUACCGCAUCAGUGACUCAGGCCUGCUGCCCCGCUGGCACAUGAUGGACUUCUUCCACGCCUUUCUCAUCAUCUUCCGCAUCCUCUGUGGGGAGUGGAUCGAGACCAUGUGGGACUGCAUGGAGGUGUCUGGGCAGUCACUGUGCCUGCUCGUCUUCUUGCUUGUUAUGGUCAUUGGCAACCUCGUGGUCCUGAACCUCUUCCUGGCUCUGCUGCUCAGCUCCUUCAGUGCAGACAACCUCACAGCCCCUGACGACGACGGGGAGAUGAACAACCUCCAGCUAGCCCUGGCACGUAUCCAGCGCGGCCUGCGCUUCCUCAAGCGGACCACCUGGGACUUCUGCUGCGGGCUCCUCCAGCGGCAGCCCCAGAAGCCCGCAGCCCUCGCCAGCCAUGGCCAGCUGCCCAGCUGUAUGGCCACCUCCAGCCCCCCACCACCCCCGGAGUCAGAGAAGGCACCUCCGGCCCGCAAGGAGACGCGGUUUGAGGAAGACGAGCGGCCGGGCCAGGGCACCCCCGGGGAUGCAGAGCCUGUGUGUGUGCCCAUUGCUGUGGCUGAGUCAGACACGGAUGACCAAGAGGACGAUGAGGAGAACAGCCUGGGCACGGAGGACGAGUCCAGUAAGCAGCAGGAAUCCCAGCCUGUUUCCGGCAGCCCAGAGGCCCUCCCAGAGCCCAGGGCCUGGAGCCAGGUGUCAGAGACCCCCUCCUCCGAGGCCAGUGUGGCUCAGGCAGACUGGCGGCAGCGGCGGAAAGUGGAGUCCCCGGCCCCAGGGUGCAGUGAGACUCACGAGGACAGCUACUCAGAGGGAAGCACAGCAGACAUGACCAACACUGCUGACCUCCUGGAGCAGAUCCCCGACCUGGGUGAGGAUGUCAAGGAUCCGGAAGACUGUUUCACUGAAGGCUGCGUCCGGCGCUGUCCUUGCUGCACCGUGGACACCACGCAGGGCCCUGGGAAGGUCUGGUGGCGACUGCGCAAGACCUGCUACCGCAUCGUGGAGCACAGCUGGUUUGAGACGUUCAUCAUCUUCAUGAUCCUGCUCAGCAGUGGAGCCCUGGCCUUUGAGGACAUCUACCUGGAGGAGCGGAAGACCAUCAAGGUUCUGCUCGAGUAUGCUGACAAGAUGUUCACCUACGUCUUUGUGCUGGAGAUGCUGCUCAAGUGGGUGGCCUAUGGCUUUAAGAAGUACUUCACCAAUGCCUGGUGCUGGCUGGACUUCCUCAUCGUGGAUGUCUCCCUGAUCAGCCUGGUAGCCAACACCCUGGGCUUUGCCGAGAUGGGCCCCAUCAAGUCGCUGCGGACGUUGCGUGCGCUCCGACCCCUGCGAGCCCUGUCACGGUUUGAGGGCAUGAGGGUUGUGGUCAAUGCCCUGGUGGGCGCCAUCCCGUCCAUCAUGAAUGUCCUCCUCGUCUGCCUCAUCUUCUGGCUCAUCUUCAGCAUCAUGGGCGUGAACCUUUUCGCGGGAAAGUUUGGGAGAUGCAUCAACCAGACUGAGGGAGACCUGCCUUUGAACUACACCAUCGUGAACAACAAGAGCGACUGUGAGUCUUUCAACGUGACUGGCGAACUGUACUGGACCAAGGUGAAAGUCAACUUUGACAACGUGGGGGCCGGGUACCUGGCCCUUCUGCAGGUGGCAACAUUUAAAGGCUGGAUGGACAUUAUGUAUGCAGCUGUGGACUCCAGAGGGUAUGAAGAGCAGCCCCAGUGGGAAUACAACCUCUACAUGUACAUCUACUUCGUCAUCUUCAUUAUCUUCGGGUCUUUCUUCACCCUGAACCUUUUCAUCGGUGUCAUCAUCGACAACUUCAACCAACAGAAGAAAAAGUUAGGGGGACAGGACAUCUUCAUGACCGAGGAGCAGAAGAAGUACUACAACGCCAUGAAGAAACUGGGCUCCAAGAAACCCCAGAAGCCCAUCCCAAGGCCCCUGAACAAGUACCAGGGCUUCCUGUUCGACAUUGUGACUAAGCAGGCCUUCGAUGUCACCAUCAUGUUUCUCAUCUGCUUGAACAUGGUGACCAUGAUGGUGGAGACAGAUGACCAGAGCCCCGAGAAGGUCAACAUCUUGGCCAAGAUCAACCUGCUCUUUGUAGCCAUCUUCACAGGCGAGUGUAUCAUCAAGAUGGCUGCCCUCCGUCACUAUUACUUCACCAACAGCUGGAACAUCUUUGACUUCGUGGUUGUCAUCCUCUCCAUAGUGGGUACUGUGCUCUCAGACAUCAUCCAGAAGUACUUCUUCUCCCCAACACUCUUCCGAGUCAUCCGCCUGGCCCGAAUCGGUCGCAUCCUCCGGCUGAUCCGAGGGGCCAAGGGGAUCCGCACGCUGCUCUUUGCCCUCAUGAUGUCCCUGCCUGCCCUCUUCAACAUCGGGCUGCUGCUCUUCCUCGUCAUGUUCAUCUACUCCAUCUUCGGCAUGGCCAACUUCGCUUACGUCAAAUGGGAGGCUGGCAUCGACGACAUGUUCAACUUCCAGACCUUCGCCAACAGCAUGCUGUGCCUCUUCCAGAUCACCACGUCAGCCGGCUGGGAUGGCCUCCUCAGCCCUAUCCUCAACACAGGACCCCCCUACUGCGACCCUAACCUGCCCAACAGCAACGGCUCCCGGGGCAACUGUGGGAGUCCAGCCGUAGGCAUCCUCUUCUUUACCACAUACAUCAUCAUCUCCUUCCUCAUCGUGGUCAACAUGUACAUCGCUAUCAUCCUGGAGAACUUCAGCGUGGCCACAGAGGAGAGCACCGAGCCUCUGAGCGAGGAUGACUUCGACAUGUUCUACGAGAUCUGGGAGAAGUUCGACCCGGAGGCCACCCAGUUCAUCGAGUAUUCGGCCCUGUCUGACUUUGCCGAUGCCCUGUCUGAGCCGCUGCGCAUCGCCAAGCCCAACCAGAUAAACCUCAUCAAUAUGGACCUGCCCAUGGUGAGCGGGGACCGGAUCCACUGCAUGGACAUCCUCUUUGCCUUCACCAAGAGGGUCCUGGGUGAGUCUGGGGAGAUGGAUGCCCUGAAGAUCCAGAUGGAGGAGAAGUUCAUGGCGGCCAACCCGUCCAAGAUCUCCUAUGAGCCCAUCACCACCACACUCCGGCGCAAGCACGAAGAGGUGUCGGCCACCAUCAUCCAGCGGGCCUUCCGGAGGCACCUGCUGCAGCGCUCCAUGAAGCACGCCUCCUUCCUCUUCCGCCAGCAGGCAGGCAGCAGUGGCCUCUCUGUUGAGGAUGCUCCCGAGCAAGAGGGCCUCAUCGCCUACAUGAUGAACGAGAACUUCUCCCAGCGCCUCAGCCCGCCCUCCAGCUCCUCCAUCUCCUCCACGUCCUUCCCGCCCUCCUACGACAGCGUCACCAGGGCCACCAGCGAUAACCCCCAGGUGCGGGUGUCCGACUACAGCCGCAGUGAGGAUCUCGCGGACUUCCCCCCGUCCCCAGACAGGGACCGCGAGUCCAUCGUGUGAGUGGCAACCCGGCGGGCCAGGACGCACCGGGGGGCAGCCUGUUGCUUCGCAGCUCACAUGACUGCGGCCACAAGCCAGCAUCUGCUGGGCCUUCCUUGCUUCGGGCUCGGGGUGUGAGCGAUCGGCCUCGGCCCCGCGGCUCCACAAGGCAGAGUUCGGUGGCGCCCACGCGGACAGCCAGAAGCAGGUGGCCGAGCUGACCAUCCGGGGAGGCCUGUCACUGGAGGCCCUGCCCACGCCGGUGGCCGGGGCCAGUCAGGCCACAUCCUGGGGCUCUGAAAAGCUCUACCAUCCCAGCUGCUGAGAAGAAACACAAAACUGAGACUGUAGAUGUUGUGAAUGGGCUUUCAUAAAUUUAUUAUAUUUGAUAUUUUUUUACUUGAGCGAAGAACUAAUGUUUUUUCCGUGGACAUCAGCAGCAGUUCCCACUGCCUUUUCUUAACUCCCAACGCGAGUGUCUGUGGAGCUGCCCGAACUCUGUUCUCAAAGCGAAAGUACAGCCCAGUGUGGCUCCCGCAGGCCCUCCUCACAGCCCCGGGGCCGGAAGGGGUUCCCCUGCUGCAUGGGCUGUGGCACCGGAGGCGCUGAACUCCACCCCUCCCCCAGCGUCUGCACAGAGUCCACACACAGAGGCCUGACACGGGCCACACGCAGCCCAAGCUCCCCUCACACGAGCCUCUGGCAGAAGGGUUCUUGUCAGUGGAGGCUCACUCUGGCCUUCCCUUGUCCCCAGGGUCCUGUUUGCCCCCUGUGUUUUUAUGCAGGCCAUACUGGGGUCAUUUCUACAAGAAUACAAAGCUUCCAGAAGAGAGUAGUCGGGGUCCCAGGGCUGGUCCUGGGCGCUGACGUUGCCUUUUCUUCCCAGGAGAACCUGGCCUUCUGCGCGAGUAUUAACAUUAAAGGGAAGGGCACGAGGGAACGAGCCCCAAGCUUGGCCUGGCCCCCAGCUUGUCCUUGCUCCUGAACCUGGCAGACCCCGCUGCACAGGCCAGGAAGAGAAGUCUGAGCCCCGUGCCACGAGGGCUAAGAAGUUGAACAGCCCUUCACUGUGGGACCCCAGCGCAUCUGAAGAAGGGAAUCUGUUGUCAUGACCGGAGCUCUUUCCAGACCUUUCUGCCU